AUGCGCCUGAUCCAGUGUGCUGUGCAGCUCGGCCUGCUGGCUGCAGCUGCUCCCUCCGUGUACGCGGCCUCUUGGGGCUUUACUGAUGCCACCGUGUCAGUUAACUCCAAGUCGGCGUCGGCGAACAUCAAGGAGACUCUCAAGGAAAACACCCCGUUGUCGCAGCCCAUUGCCCUCGGCGAAUCCGAUUCCCUCAAGCUGAUCCUGACCACGCAAGAAGCCCGCAGCGCCAAACGCCCGCACCAGGCGUUUUUGCUGCUGAAGGACUCGCAGAAUGGCCUUGAUAUUUCAUACCCUCUGAGCGUCAAGGACAGCGGCAAGUCCAAGCUUGAAUUGGCCCAGAAAGACCUGCCAGUGCAGUUUUUGACUGGCUCUAGCCCUAUCGACGCCGAAAUCGUGAUCGGGUCCUUUGGAGCCUCCGAUCCCUACCGUAAACUCGCUUUCCAGCUGUCCGUCAACGGGGAGGGCAAGAAGUCUUCCAAAUCAGACGACAUUGAGCGAUACGGAAAGCUUGCUGAGAUCCAUCACAUCUUCAAACAAGACCCCCAGAGCCCCGCCGUUCUCCUUACAUUGAUUUUCCUCCUGGCGACUCUGAUUACUAUUCCAGUUCUGGCUGCCUCGUGGUUCUUCCUAGAUGCAAACCUCAACCACCUCCCUGCGGCACUCCAAUCUGCGCCAAUCCCUCAUGUUGUGUUCGUUGGAUCGAUCAUCGGCCUCGAGGGCAUCUUCUUUUUGUACUAUACGUCUUGGAAUCUGUUCCAGACACUCCCUGCAGCUCUUGCAGUCGGCACCAUCGCGUUCCUGAGCGGCAGCCGCGCCUUGGGCGAGCUAACCUUCAAAGCCAUUGACCUCGAUGCUCACGACCCUCACUUCGCCGCCUCCCUACGCUCUAUCGGCCCCGUCACGCCGAAUCCCACAAUGUCCAACUCGAGCACAUUCAAUGCUGCCUCGCGCCGGCCCUCCGUGUUCCCCGACGCCGACAACAACCCCGCGCUGCUGGUCGUUUCCUCGCGCGCACGUAUUACCAGGCUUGCAGAGCAGGAGCAAGAGGCCUUUGGGCGUCCGAGUCAUCCGGGCCGCGAGUUUCUAGAUGCCCUGACGAUCCGGCAGGUGCUCUCGAUGCGUGACCGGCAGAGGCUCUCGCCGGGGGAUAUUGAGCGGUUGUUGAGGCUUAGGAAGGGUGUUGUUGACCGGCUAGGAGAGAAGGGUGUUGUGAGUGAGCCUGCUUGA